CCUCCUCUCUUGUCUUUACUAUAUUUUCUCGUGUUCAGAGAAACGAAGAGGUAAUAAUGGCAAGAACCAAGCAGACUGCUCGUAAGUCUACCGGUGGCAAAGCCCCGAGGAAGCAGCUGGCCACCAAGGCUGCUCGUAAGAGCGCCCCGGCCACCGGCGGUGUGAAGAAGCCUCACCGUUACAGGCCCGGUACCGUGGCUCUGAGGGAGAUCCGUCGCUACCAGAAGUCUACGGAGCUGCUGAUCCGCAAGCUGCCCUUCCAGCGCCUGGUCAGAGAGAUCGCUCAGGAUUUCAAGACCGACUUGCGUUUCCAGAGCUCCGCUGUCAUGGCUCUGCAGGAGGCCAGCGAGGCUUACCUGGUCGGUCUGUUUGAGGACACCAACCUGUGCGCCAUCCACGCCAAGAGGGUCACCAUCAUGCCCAAAGACAUCCAGCUGGCCCGUCGUAUCCGCGGAGAGAGAGCUUAAACUGUCUGCUUCUGUACAAACCACAACGGCUCUUUUAAGAGCCACCUCACUCUUCAUUUGAGAGCUUUUUCUUUGUUGCUUGUGUGGAGUUGGGCAUUCAAGAUUACACGGUGAUGCUAUAUUUUAUAACAAAUCUUAUCGUAAUAUUCACAUCCGUCUGUUUAUUGGAAAAUAGUGUAUACAGAUACAGAAGCAUGAAUUAUACUAAUAGCUACUAACUGGUGAUGAGUUCCUACUUCCGCGUUUACAGCGUGUAUUUGGUCAGCAUUGGCUGGUAGCUGCUCCUCAGCCAGUUUCUGAUUUCCCCUUUUAAUCUCCCACUCAAAUGUUCAGCGCAUUGCUGCCAUCCAGUGGUGAGUAAGCAUACGUAUCAAUCCCUUUAUAACCAGG